UAGCAUCACAGGAAGCCUGCUGACAGCGUAAUGGCAGGGAAAGCUUCCGACGGCUCCAUCAAAUGGCAGCUCUGCUACGACAUCUCGGCCAGAACUUGGUGGAUGGAUGAGUUCCACCCUUUCAUCGAAGCACUUCUGCCCCACGUCCGAGCCUUCGCCUACACGUGGUUCAACCUGCAGGCCCGGAAACGAAAGUACUUCAAAAAGCACGAGAAGCGCAUGUCCAAGGAAGAGGAGCGGGCCGUGAAGGACGAGCUGCUGAGCGAGAAGCCGGAGGUCAAGCAGAAGUGGGCUUCCCGGCUGCUGGCGAAGCUGCGGAAAGACAUCCGACCCGAGUACCGGGAGGAUUUUGUGCUCACGGUCACAGGGAAGAAACCGCCCUGCUGCGUGCUCUCCAACCCGGACCAGAAAGGCAAAAUGCGCAGGAUUGACUGCCUGCGGCAGGCCGACAAGGUCUGGAGGCUGGACCUGGUGAUGGUGAUCUUGUUCAAGGGCAUCCCGCUGGAAAGUACUGACGGCGAGCGCCUGGUGAAGUCCCCGCAGUGCUCCAACCCCGGGCUCUGCGUCCAGCCCCACCACAUAGGGGUGUCCGUCAAGGAGCUCGAUUUGUACCUGGCCUACUUCGUGCACGCGGCAGACUCGAGUCAAUCUGAAAGUCCCAGCCAGCCAAGUGACGCUGACAUCAAGGACCAGCCAGAAAAUGGACAUCUGGGCUUCCAGGACAGCUUUGUCACAUCGGGAGUGUUCAGUGUCACCGAGCUGGUCCGUGUGUCGCAGACACCGAUAGCUGCAGGAACUGGCCCCAAUUUCUCCCUCUCAGACUUGGAAAGCUCUUCGUACUACAGCAUGAGCCCAGGAGCCAUGAGGCGGUCGCUGCCCAGCACAUCCUCCACGAGCUCCACGAAGCGCCUCAAGUCCGUGGAGGACGAGAUGGACAGCCCUGGCGAGGAGCCGUUCUACACAGGCCAGGGCCGCUCCCCGGGCAGCGGCAGCCAGUCCAGCGGGUGGCACGAGGUGGAGCCAGGAAUGCCAUCUCCAACCACGCUGAAGAAGUCGGAGAAGUCGGGUUUCAGCAGCCCCUCGCCCUCGCAGACCUCCUCACUGGGCACGGCGUUCACGCAGCACCAUCGGCCGGUCAUCACGGGCCCCCGAGCGAGCCCGCACGCCACGCCGUCAACUCUGCACUUCCCGACGUCCCCCAUCAUCCAGCAGCCCGGGCCGUACUUCUCCCACCCGGCCAUCCGCUACCACCCUCAGGAGACGCUGAAGGAGUUUGUCCAGCUUGUCUGCCCUGACGCUGGUCAGCAGGCCGGACAGGUGGGCUUCCUCAAUCCCAACGGGAGCAGCCAAGGCAAGGUGCACAACCCAUUCCUUCCCACCCCGAUGUUGCCACCGCCGCCGCCGCCACCAAUGGCCAGGCCUGUGCCUCUGCCAGUGCCAGACACGAAGCCUCCAGCCACGUCCACGGAAGGGGGCGCAGCCUCUCCCACCUCCCCAACCUACUCGACACCCAGCACCUCCCCCGCAAACCGAUUCGUCAGUGUUGGACCACGGGACCCAAGCUUUGUAAAUAUCCCUCAACAGACACAGUCCUGGUACCUGGGAUAAAAGUCACAGCGUCCCACCACCCACCAGACAGACCACCCGACCCCUUCUCAACUCUGUAACACGGACGCAACCUCAGCCCCGCGCGGCUACAACUUCACUGUCAGUGGAAGGGGAGAAAACACCGAUUCAGCCCCACCUGUACACGGAAACAGCAAGCAUUAUGGUCAAACAGGAAAGGCCAUAACCUUUCGGGAUUUUUUUAAUACUUUAGGGACUGUUGUAAUUUCUCAUAUGGUGCUGGAGAUGGCUGGGCUUUGUAGCAUGUGAGGUGUUCCUCAGGCGUGAGCUUAGGCGCUGUGGCUGGCGGAGCACACCCCUUGCUCACACUUCCUGUCGCACACCUCCCUACAGAGCCCGCUGUUUCACAGUGAUUCGUGAAUUGACCCACGCAGGUGUGGCCUCCCUGAGCAGGCAGGAGGCGCAUGGAGAACUAAAUCUUUCGGAGUAGCCGAGAUCUGCGAUCUGUACUUACGGGACAGUCAAAGGGCAAUGUUUCCGUAACGUAUUGGAAAAAGAAAAUGCAGUUGGUUCCUUUCUAUUUUUCUUUCAGUUUGGUUUGGUUCAGCCGUCAGCAGUUAAGCCCAUACCAUGGCCCGCAAGGACAGUGAGUCCGCUCACGUUGCAGAACGAUUCCGAAAAUGGCAAACUACUACUACUAUUCAGUUUUUAAAAAGUUUUGAAAUGCUGCACUUACAUUAAAAAAAAAAAAGAACAACUUUUUUUCAACAAUUUCAACAAUGACACAAAAAUUCACACGGAAAUGGGGAAGAUGGUCUGUUUUGAUAGAAACUGACAGGAAACGAUCAAAACAAUCGAAUUUUGAAUUGAGUGAAGUGCAAUUUCAUUGGAUAGCUAAAUAUCUUUGUAAGAUAGAGAUUGUUGAAAAUUCUAUUUUUGUUUUUCAAGUCCUUUCACCCCAGGACUCUAAAUUAUUGGGGUAAAAAACAGCCUUGCAAGAAAAAGGGGAGCUAUUUUUGCUUUUUAUGUUUUUUAUUGUUAAACUUGUAUCCCUUUAAAAACUGAAGGAAAAUUUAAAAAAAAAAACAAAAAACAAAUCUAAUGGUGCUUUUACCACAAUAUGUUAACUACAUUAAAUGCUAAUUAUUUUCUGUUAUCAAAGCACAUAACUAAAAUGAAGUCAUGGUAUCUGUUAAUUUUAUAAGCUAGACGUCACUAUCAUGAAUUAUGCCAAUUCUGAAAAUUUUUACAUGUAUCUGGCAACACAGACUUAUCAUCAGACACUUCAUUCUACCAGAGAUUGUCCAGAAUUUUAGACCUUUGUGUCCCUGAACUGGGCUAUGGGAAAAUGAUGAUGAUGAUGAUGAUGAUGAUGAUGAUGAUGAUGAUGAUGAUGAAACCAAUACUGACACAAAUGCUGGUGCCCAUUCAGAUCAAGGGUACUCAUUAGGGAAUAACAAAACAACGUUUGCACCCCCAGAUGUCCUGUAUCUUGUGUAAAAAAACAAAAACAAAAAAAAACAAACAAAAAAAAAACAGAAACAAAAAAAAUGCAAGUGAUUUUUCUACCAGACAGCGAAGCGCCCUUUGCUUCCCGCGCAGCUUGGAGAAGGUUUCCUAUGCUAUACAUAUGUCCGCGUCCUGGCGUAGGCCACGCCGGCCGGAGGGAGUCUGCAUGUUCUAGUGUUAGUGACUAAUUUUUAUAUAGUUAACGUAGGCUAAAGUAGAGUGCAUUAAGACACAAUAUUGUAACCCCUCUAGGCACUUGCCUUUAAACUAUGUUUUCCAGCCCUUCAGAAGGGCCCUACUACUGUCCUAUACAAUCAAGUAACUGAAAUUCUUGGGAAGUCACUUUGCUCCUCAUCUUUCCCCCCAAAACAAUGUUUUUUUGUUUUGUUUCCUUAAUUUGCACGAGAACAAAAAUUCCAUAUCAAUGUGCCUUGCCCUGGAUAGCAAUUAUUUGUGGAAUUGUUGCACAUGCUCCUCUAUUGAAAGGGGUUUCCCUGGUCAAGCAUUUGGAGACACUUUUUGUAAAUGUGACUUUUAUGUCUGCCAUCGUCGGCUUCAACACCUAGAACUAAGUAGAUGUUAGCUGUUCACAGGUAGGAGUAGUCGUUAUUGUCCUGUGUGGUCAGUGGCAGUGCUAUUCUGAGAUCUGUAGAGGCUUAGAAUAUCAGUGUUUCGGAUGUUGCUGCAUUUUACAAUUUAUUUGGAGUCUUCCUUCAUUUCCCCCCAGAUGUAUGAAAAUAUGCAAUACCUGCUUAUAUCAUGUAGAGAAGCUUAGCGAGGAUUUUUUUCUUCUUCUUUUUUUUUUUUUUUAAUUUGACCAAAGUCAGUGCUGCACUUGACGCAGUGUCUUUAGGUGUUUGUCUUUGUACUUUUUUGUGAUUUUUGAAUGCACGUGCGCAGGAAGGGCUCCUCUUAGAGAAGCAGUCAAACUGUGAAGCACUAAGCUGACCCUGCUUCAAGCAAUUUUGUUUUUACAACUGUUCCUUUCACAAGCAAGCCUUAAAAAAAAAAGACAACUCCUUUUUCUUCAGCUCCCACACCCCAUUUUUCUUAGCAGACUGCAGUCAAUCCACAUUCAAUAAAAAGUAUAUAAUGCCCAUUUUUAUAUGCACGUUUUUAAACUUCCAAGUUCUGAAAAUUGUUUACUGGUUAUCUCUAUUUAAGGAAAAAAA